GCGACUGCAACUUAUCUCGGCAUUCUCCGUUGACCACUAAACAGUAACGAUGAACGGACAAGGAGUGAUCGCUUUGGCUUUUCUAUUGGCCGUUGUUUCCCAGGCACAAGGCCAAGGAAGAGGUGUUCCCGGGGGUCUGAGUGAACAACAAAUGGCGGGGCCCGGUGAACAGGCUCUUGUAGCAAAGAGUCGCAAAGAAAUUAUUAGACGGCUUCCUUCAUGGUUCGAUAGACCAGUUGGACCAUUCAAGGCAUUAACAUACAGAACACAAACUGUUGCAGGGACCAACUAUUUCAUAAAGGUGGAGAUCCAGGAACCCCGCCCGCGUUUUAUCCACGUCAGAAUCAACGCAACUCUUAACAACAGGAGCAAAGUGGGCGGAGUCAAGGUCGCCAGACAGUACGACCCCAUUCUCUAUUUCUAAAGCAGCCUUAACACCAACACUGAUCGUGUUCUAGAAAUACAAGAAAUAAAAUCCAAUAUUCAGCUUAA